AUUCUUUUCCAUCCCUACUAACGUACCGAAUACUAAUAUUUAAUGGACGCCGUUCGAGAAUUUUCAGCCCAGAAAAGUGCCUACUGUAGCGGUUCCGUCGUCAUCUUUGUUCGCAUCUCGAAUCCCGCAUUCUGCAACACCCCCGCCAACAUCGCAGCAUCCAACCACCAAAAACAUCACCAAAACACAUACAAACCGGGACCCCCUCCUCCCCCUAACCUCGCAGAACAUGGCCAAAGCAGAUCCACUCAUAAUAAACUCCUACACAAUCAAAAUCACGCAACCCACCCUCAUCCCAGUAACCUACCAUUGCCUCAUCCCAAAAACCUACCAAACCCUCCUCACCAUCCUCAACCCCACCUCCAUCCAGCCCUUCCUCUCCGCCACGCCCCUAACAUCCAUCUCAAAACUAGUCUACUCAAACCCAGACUCGCACUUCUACUCAGACGCCCACACCCUCCAACUCCUCGCCUACGCACUCUUCCACGCCGUCAUCUCCUACGGCCUCUCCGUCGAGCUCCCCCGAACGCUGCGCCGUCCCGGCCAAAGUCCAACUCCGCCUAUGGCGCGUCUACCAGACCGCCCUCCUCCUCGUCGACAUGUCCCUGCUCUACAGCGCCCAUAUAAAUUUUACUAGCGAGGGGAACCCCAUAACCCCGGGGGCGUGGCGCACAUUCGACCGGAUCCUCGUGACUUUAACGCAGGUGGCAGCGCUCACGAGGGUUCUGUUUCUGCUCAAGGUGGGGGGUUCCCGUUGUCGCCUGAGGAGCUGCUGCAGCAGCAGAAGGAGGAGCAACGGGCAUACUGGGCAGAGUCAAAUAGGAAAAGUCGCGGAUGGUGAAUGGUGUUGUUGUUUAGGGACCUCAAGCGUAGUGUGCAACAGUCAAUGGGGAGUCAUCGUCACACCGAUAU